CUCUCCUGCUCGGACGAACCGUUUCGUUUUACAUUCACCCAUCAUCUAGAGACAAUCUUUGCUAAGUCACCAAACGUCUGUGUGACCAUCUCUUACCCGGUGAGCGGUAACCCAGUGUUCCUGCUUACUCGGAAACCAGCCACAGAGUGCUCCAAAAGUUGCUUUCCCUCUCACGCCAAUGGCACCCCUCAAGAUCCUCAUCGCAGGCGGCGGCAUCGCAGGCCUCUCCGCAGCCGUAGGUCUCCGCCGCGCCGGCCACGAGGUCCACGUCUACGAGCGGUCCGCGCUCAACAACGAGAUCGGCGCCGCGAUCCACGUGUGUCCCAACGCCGCGCGCGCUCUGCUCGCCUGGGGCCUCGACCCCGUCAAGGCCAAGUUCGUCCUCGUCAAGUGCAGCUUCCGCGCAAAGGGUGACACGCUGGAGAAGUUCCACGUCGGCACGGAGGAUUACAUUGAGGAGCGGUACGGCGCGCCGUGGUACUUUGCGCACCGCGUCGAUUUGCAUGAGGAGCUCAAGAGGUUGGCGACGGAACCUGAGGGUGGUGUGAAUGGUCAUGCUAAUGGCAACGGCGUUGAGGAGUCUAAUGGGACCGAGACGAAUGGUGUCAAUGGACAUGAAAAUUCGAGGACUGGAUUAGGUCGGCCUGCUACUGUCCAUUUGAAGAGCGAGAUUGUGGCAUAUGAUCCCGAGGAGGCUUCAAUAACAUUGGCUUCGGGCGAAAAAGUCACAGGCGACGUGGUGAUUGCGGCAGAUGGCGUCCACACCAUAGGAGUCAAAGCGAUUCUCGGCCGCUCCAACCCGGCGGUGCCUCAAGGACACUACAAUUUUUGCUUCCGUUUCCUCAUACCGGCUGCCGAUGUUGAGGCGGAUCCGGUCACGCGCUUCUGGAACGAAGGCGACGACGGGCGGAUGAAGUUCCUGGUUGGAGACAAGAAGCGUCUAGUCUCGUAUCCUUGUCGAAACAAUGAGAUCCACAACUUUGUGGCCAUCUUCAACAACGACGACAUUGAGAGUACCAAGAAGGAGGACUGGCACGCCUCAGUAAGCAAAGAGAAGCUGCUUGAAAGAUACUCCGACUUCCACCCAAGCGUCUUGGCCAUUCUCGACAAGGCUACCGAGGUGAAGCAAUGGGCACUCCUCUACAGAGCCCCAAUCCCUACCUGGACCAAGGGGAAGUUGACGCUGGCUGGUGAUGCCGCGCAUCCCAUGUUACCCCACCAAGGCCAAGGCGGUGCGCAGGGUAUCGAAGACGGCGUGGCUCUCGGCAUCGCGCUGGCUGGCGCCGAGGUCAAAGACGUCGAGACUCGUCUGCGAGUGUACGAGAGCAUUCGGAGGAACCGUGCCAGCGUAAUGCAGAUUUUCAGCAACGCUGGCCAGGAAGAGCCCGAGUUGAUCCGAGAAGAGGCUGCCAAGUUCAUUCCCGCGGACAAGGUGCCCAAAAACCCGGAAGAGUUCUUUGCGUAUAACUUUGGGUACGACAUCAUCAGGGAUAGCGUCCAACAGAUGCAAAAGGUCGAGCCAUCGUUUGCUUUGUCGCCUUCAUUUUUCCAGAACGAGCCAGGCAAAGGUGUUUAUCCCUAAAGCUCAAGUAGGGCGAGUUGACCAGGGCCGAGGGUGAUAAACGGGGCGUCCCUGUCCAUAGCCGUUGAAGGUUAGAAUCCGAUACUCCCUCAGAGGGCUCCGUACCGGAGCAUGGCUGGCCGCUGCCAGCAUGGAAUACACAUCAAUUAAUUGGACGUUGUUGGAAUGGCCCCCAUGGUUCUAGGAGCAAAGUUUCGUAUGUUUUGGAAUGUUUCUGGAAUUCUUCCAAAAGUGGCU